CAUAUCUCCCAGUUAAAACGUUAACGAAAAUAUUAAUUAUUAAAAAAUUUCUCAAGCCUUUUAUAUUAUUCGUGCAUUUUUCUAAUUUUAUGGUAUGUAUAUGUACCAAUUAUGUAUAUGGUGUGCCGAAGCGUAAAGAUAAAACUUUCACGAUGGAUAAAGUCAAGCUCCAUGAGCGUUUCUAUUAGAAUUUCUUAAAGCGCGCUAAAAGAUCGCAAAGUUUCAUUUCUCCCUGCAUCGUGGGAUCAUCCGAUGGAUGACGUCCGACGCGGCACUAACGAGUCGCCUCAACAUCGAUUCGCGCAUCGCUGAGGAAUGUUUUUCACCUUGUCUCGCGCAAAGACAUUCUACGAUGAAUCUGUAGACAGGACGAAGAGUUAGCGAGCUAACGAGGGCGAGAUGAACAGAAAAAGAGAAAGAGACAAGAAAAGAAACGAGAGAAGAAGAGAAGAGGCAAGGGGAGACGGAUAAAACAAUUGGAUCAAAAUUAGAGCGUUAAACAAAUAAGAUUUAAUCAAAUCCGCUGUGACAUGAAAAUUUACGUAAGAAGGAUCAGAGGUUGUACAUCGCUGCAAAAAUGAGAAUCAUUACUAUAUCUGGCACGUGUACGUGUGUAGCCGUGAAAAAUGAGCUAACAAAAUUAGAGGAGAGGAAGAGGAGGAUUAAGAGGGCGAGAAAAAGAAUUGGGUCGCAAUAGAGAGUAGAAAAAGCCACGAGGGUAAAGAGAGAAAGACAGGGACGGAGAGAGAGGGACGUUCUUCCCGAUUCUUUAAAUAAGCACCGCGUAAUACUCCGUCGUCUAAAUAUAAUCCACCCGGCGAGCAGCCGUCGAGCGAGACGCGUUCAAGUCCGGCACGUUCGGAGCGGAGAAGGAAGACAGAGAGGAGUGAUUUGUGCCGACCCGCGCGAAGGCGGCGGAGAACCGCCAGCGGUCCGCCAACUCGCGAACCGCGGGAGCGCGCGAGGGCGCCCGGGGGAUGAGCGGAGACCAGCGGGGUGGUGACUCGAAGAAGAAGCUUUUGGCCGGCAGUCAGUGGGUCAGGGCGCCAAGUCGCAUUCCACGAGGCUGCUGUGACUCUCGAGGCGUUCGUCGGCUUUGUAAAUUCACCGUUUUUCUGUGUGUACACUCGCGAGUUCGUUGCGCGAGUACGCGCUACACCUAGUCAUUCUUCUUCCGGUGGAGGGUGCAAAAGUACGUAACGCGCAGCGAGACUGCUCGCUGGAAAAAUAAAAUCCGUCGUCGCGUGUCGUUUCGUUGACCAGCGAAACCAUGGUGUGUAACUCCGCGAGUUCCUCGUGCACGGCGGAAGUAGACAGGGACGCGACAUUGAAGCAGGCUCUGGAGGAAUUGCUCAAGUGUAUGCUGAGAGUCUGGUGUAGGGAGAGCCAGGCCCUGGCGAGAUUCGGUGGGACGACCACAGAAAGCGACAAGAGGGUAAUCAUGAAACGUGAAGCGGGCGGCGAAUUUGGAUUCCGCAUUAAUGGUUCCAAGCCCGUGGUGGUUUCCGUGAUCGAGCCAGACACGCCCGCGGAAAAUUCCAGUCUCGAGGUUGGCGACAUCAUAAUAUCGGUGAACGGCAGAAGCGUCAUGGAUGCCACGCAUUCGGAGAUCGUAAGAUUGGCACAUUCUGGCUCGGACAUCCUGGAACUCGAAGUGGCAAGAACCUGCAACGUGUUGGCGCCGCGCGUCCCGCGCACGGGGGCAAAAGAAGGCGUCCAAGAGGCACCUCUUUGCUCGGGUUACUUGUGGAGAAAGUCCUCGAGCACAGAGAAAUGGGUUCGAAGAUGGUUUGCUCUUCGUCGUGACAACUGCCUGUAUUGCUACAAGACUGACUCGGAUUCGCAACCAGUGGGAGCGGUAAUGCUCCUGAAGUACGACGUGGAGCAGACGCCUGAAUCGAGAGUGCACAGUUUCGCGAUAAAGAAACACGGUGCCCUGACGCUGCGAUUGGCGGCCGAUACCGAGGAAGCGGCAGCACGAUGGACGACGGUUAUACGCGAAGCUGUCGAGAGGAACAAUCAGAUCGACACUUGGCUGGACUCUUCGUUAAGAAUGAAGGAAAUGGCUGCGUGCGCGAUUCAGAGGCCAGAUUGUUUCGGGUAUCUGAGCAAGCAGCAGGAACAUGCUCGAAAGACAUCCUCACCCACCGGCUGGUCCAGGCGAUAUUGCGUGUUGAAGGACGCCGCGCUAUACUUCUACGAUGACGCCAACGCCGAGAAAGCAUUCGGCGUGGCAUAUCUGCACGGUUUUAGGGUGUUUAUUAGCGCUGCGAGUUCUGGCGGCAGGAAGCACGCCUUUGAGUUACAACCACCAGACCCCACGCAGAGGCAUUACGUCUUCGCUACCGAAUCAGAGAUAGAUAAGAAACGGUGGGUGGCUGCUCUCGAAUAUUCGAUUGACAGAUGGAUAAAAAUAGGUUGAUGCGAAACAAAAUCCGCCCUACGACGAAUUCAACGAGACACAGUAGCGAAGAUCGUCCAAGAAAAUCCUCGUCCGUAUUCGUUUCCGGUUCCUAACACACUGUGAAUCAUCCGCGACGAUCGCCAUUGUCACAUCGACGAUCGUCGCACGCUCGUGGAUGUUGCAUGAUUUUUUUUUCGUUUCAACAACAUUGAUAACUAACGUUAAAUCUCAUCAUCAAGGUCAUAGCCGAGAUUCUAGCUGCUGAUUAACGUUACGUUAAAUUGUUCAAAUAAAAGUCAACGCUAAAAACGUGCAGCUUGUAUUCCAUUGCGCGCAAUCUGCUUAGUCGCUGGAUGUAUCAUCGUUGUGCCGUCGUAAUUGUUUAUCAGCAAUUUAUCCAAUGAUUUCAUUGAAUCGUCGAGACUAUUUGCGCAGAGACUGAUGUCGUUGAAAUUCUCCUGAGUAUUUAGUGUGUAUUUGUACAGAAUCGAAAAAUCUAAACUUAUUUAAAAAUUCUAAAAUCAAUUUCAAUUUUAGUACUUUGGAACCCAUCACGUUACGCGCGCGCGCGCUUUUCCAUUUAAUAUUUCCCAUUCAUCGUACGUGUCAUCAUCGAUGUAGUACUUUACGGACUUUGAUAAAAAAAGAAAAAAAGUGAAAUUGUAAAGUACAGGUGGACAUUAAAGAAUCGGAAAGAACCUUCUCUUUCUCUCCUUUCAUGCAUCGUGCAUCACAUAAUGCAAUCCAUUGAUUUGCGACGAUUUUGAUACAUUUGCGAGAACAGAGACCGUCCGAGGUCCUGUCUGUCACUGAAAUGCUAUACGCACAUGAAGAUAAUUCUGCAGCUGGGAAGAAUAUCUUCAAAAACAACGUUCAUCGCUUGAGUAAUUGUAACGGCAGAAUCGGUAGAGAGACGAAGAACAUUUUACAAACACUUUACGAACGCGUACGUGCAUGCGUAGCGAUAGUUGCGCGUAUGCAGCAUAUGUGCAUGUGGAAUUGCCAUUAAUUGUAUCGCUAUUCUUACCAACGCCAAUAUUUGUAAUGAUCCAGAAUCGCGGAACUUUAUCCCCUUUAUAAGAGCGGGAAAAAUGCGAUGAUGAGACGCGUGUGCGUUAUUUGCACGAUGAAGGGAAAAAAAUCGCGCAUCUUUGACAAGAAUCCCGCGCGUAUCCUCGGCGCAUACAUGGUAGAAUAACGAGAGAAAACCAACGUACAUUUUAAAGAGAAGCUACACUGGCACAUCAGGUUCAUACUGAUCCUGCCCGCUCUUACCGGUGUACGCAAAACGUUCUAUGGAAUUACCGGUACACAUUUUAUAGAUAUUUUGUAGAGACUGAAUUAACAAGAGAGAAAAAGAGAGAUCACACGAGACGAUAAACGCUCGCUGCAAUAUGUCAGAGAGCAGCGGCGUGAAAUUAUUAACGUGACUGCGUUAUAGUUCUCCCUUGAAUUAAUUCCAAAUGCGCUCAUCGAAAAGAUUUUUUAUUAAAGGUCGACAAUUUUAGUCGACGCAAUUUACGACGAAAUUUAUGAUUCUCUCUCACGUUGAAAAUUUGAAGAACAUUACCAUAAGCGUGGCCUCACAUUUUCUUUAAAAGAAAACUCGGCUACAGGCAAUUUAAACAAAUUGUUAAAAUAUGUGCCGAUAAUUUCGGAGACAUUCCGUAAAAUUUAUGAGAAUUUUUCAUUUUGGAAGUUCUUUCGAAUUGUACGUGUAUAUAGUAUUAUCGAACCACUUGAAUUACAUAUAUAAACUUAUUUCUCCUCUUUUAGACACGUCUCUUUUUUAUUAGUGUGCAUUAUCGAGUGUGUAUGUGUGUGUGUGUGUACUUUAUUCACGUAUCAGAAAUGCCGACGAAAUGACGAUGCAAGAUUCUCGAGACCAUCAACCCUGUGCAGAAAAAUUGGAACAGGAAAUACAUAGGAUUAAGCAAAGAAAAGACAAAGCGUGCGCUAUCGGCGUGACGGCGUGGCGCCGAAUUUAAUAGCGUCUUCGAUGAGAGGGACCGUCGCAAACAUGAAGAAGCAGUGAAGGGAAAAACAGGAAGAUAUGCAGGCGCGAAGAACAAGACAUACCGACGAUACCGUCGUUCCGGAGUACAUUGUUCCACGGUCGACCGGUCGACUAGGGUUUAUUAGAGAAUGACACGUUUAAAACACGUUUGACAGCUUGUGUAUAUCGAAAGGAGCCUCGAUCACAAUCGCUCAAAAUCUUAGCUAAUAAAAAAAUAGAAUACAAUUUAA